CUUUUAUUUUCUUUUAAAGUUGUUGAAGAUAAAUCAGUCUGAGGACAGAGGGUGUUUCAGUGAAAAAAGAAGAAGAAGCAGCAAUGGUGGAGAAGUCAGGAGGAGAAGUCCAUUUCCCAAAACUGGAGAAACCAACAGGCAAGAAACAGACAGCGACGGUUGUUGUGGGAGUGUUGGCAGUGGGACUGUUGGCGAUAGAGCUCGUGUUUAAGCCAUUGUUCAAGAAGCUGAGCUCAUCAAAGGACAAAUCCGAUUCCGACGAUGCCACCGCUCCUCCCCCGUCGGUCCCCUGAAUAUGGUCAGAAUUUUUAAAAAUAAGCCUCUGCGGGAGAGAGAUGUCUUAAUUAGUUUUCUUAAUGAAACUAAGCAAAUGUUGUGUUUCUUUUGUAAUAUCGUUCCGUUUUUACUGCUUUGAUAAUGCUUUUUAUUUAUCUCCCUUUCCCCUUUUAAAUAAAAUCCCGACAGGGAA